AUGCCGUUGAACCUCAUACCUGCCGCUGGAAUGAAGUUCACCAUGUACGACAAGGCAUGGGACUUUUACAACAAUUAUGCAAGAUGUGCAGGGUUUGGCAUACGCAAGAGGGCAAAACACAGGACAAAUGCCUACAUUGUCCGCUCAAGAGAAGGGACGCACAAGGAGACUGUGUCAGAUUAUAACCGGAAACGUCAGAAGACAUCAAAAAGGAUUGACUGCAAGGCAAAAAUUAGAGUCAAAAAGAGGAAGGAUGGAAAUUUUUUGAUAGAAAUGGUUGAACUCAACCACAAUCACAAGAUGCUGGAAAGCCCCGGGAUGCUUUUGCACAUGCGAUCGCACAAAAGAGAAGAUCCUUUGAUUGACCAGUUAGUGAAAGACAUGCAACUGGACAACCACACACACGCUCAGAUGAUGUCAACGCUGUCGCGAAACAGAAAUAACCGUGUAAGAAACAUCUUUUGGGCCAAAGCAAGUUGCAAAGGAUCGUAUGAAGAUUUUGGAGACUGCGUUACGUUUGACACGACAUAUAAAACUAACAAAUUCCACAUGGCGAUGGGAGUCUUUGUGGGAGUGCACCAUCAUCUACAGAGCGCCAUAUUUGUUGUUGCCCUCAUGCGAGAUGAAACAAUACCGUCGUUCGAGUGGGUUUUCAAAACAUUUCUGAGGUGUAUGAACAACAAGCCGCCAAUCUGCAUGCUCACAGACCAGUGUUCUUCGAUGAAGGUAGCAUUAAAAACUAUCCUCCCAGAUGCACUACAUAAGUUGUGUCGGUGGCAUAUCAUGAAGAAGUACAAAGACCACCUCGCCUUGUUGUAUAAGGCGCACGAGAAACUCAAGGAUGACCUCAAUGCGGUGCUGAACCACCCACUAAUGCCGUCAGAAUUUGAACGAUCAUGGAGGGACCUCAUUCAGAAAUACAACUUGCAAAACGACGAAGUGAUGAUUUCGCUAUGGGAUGAAAGGCACGAGUGGAUCUCGGCUUACUACAAUGAAAUUUUCUGUGCUCGGAUGACUUCCACGCAGAGAAGCGAGAGCAUGAACCGCAUACUGAAGAAAAACUUUGUCAAAGAGAAGCAUGAUCUCCAUCUGUUUACUCAGCAGGUGGACAAGUGCAUUCAGACCAGGAAGGCCGUCGAGCACGCAGAGAUAGUAGCAAAUGAGUCAGAGGUAAAGACAACAACCCAGUUUGGGUUCGAAGUUCAGCUAUCAAAAGUGUAUACAAGGGCAGUGUUUGCAGAUAUCAAAGAAACACUCUACCGUAGUGCUGCGUUCAGAGCAGAACGGUGCCAUGAGAACCCGACAAAGUAUCUCGUACACCACUACAACAGAUCGGAUGCAUUUGACUAG